UGCGCAGGCCCGCCAGCCCGCUCCCCGCGCCCCGCCGGCCAUGGUGAACCUGGGCCUGUCCCGGGUGGACGACGCCGUGGCUGCCAAGCACCCGGGACUCGGGGAGUAUGCCGCGUGCCAGUCGAACGCCUUCAUGAAGGGCGUUUUCACCUUUAUCACAGGCACAGGUGCGACCUCUGGCCUGCAGAUGUUCAUUCAGAGGAAGUUUCAGUACCCCUUUCAGUGGAACGUGCUGGUGGCGGUGGUCGCAGGCUCAGUGGCCAGCUACUGGGUGACGCGAGUGGAGUCGCAGAAAUGCAGCAACCUCUGGCUCUUCCUGGAGACGGGGCAGCUCCCCAAAGACGCAGGCACAGAUCGGCACAGCUAGGAGAGCUCCAGCCGGCGCAGAAGAUCUGGGGCUGGAGAGUUCUAGAACACAGCCCACAGCGUCUCCACACCCCAGGCUUCCCCACACACAUAGGCCCUCCCCACACCCUAAGGUGCCCCAGCUGUGUCCCCUGCACACAUGCAUGGCCAGGUCUGCCAGACCCAUGCAGACUGCUCUUGUCCCAAGCCUGGGCCCUGCCCCGGAGGUCAGACCAGAAAGGGCAGCGAGAAACAUAGUGGACAUGGGGAGCCAGAGAGGAUCGGAGAGGAGAGGAUCAUGGCCUGUCUCAUGCAUGCGUCUGGGGGCAGCAGCUCGGGGGCGCAUGGUGGAGGGGACUUCUGCACCUCUGGUGCUCUGACACUCCCUUUCUGGCCCCCGCACCCCCCACAGUCAGAGGUGACAGCUGCUGCUGGGGGUUGUGGGACUAAUAAACGCCCUUGUUCCCACCUGAGUUCUAAACCAAUUGGGAAAGGAGUCAAAGCGGAAAGAAUGAGAGACAAGUGUCACCUUCGUGCCAUACAGCUGAUACUGGAGGGCGUGCCAGGGCAGUUCCUAACACUGACCCCAGAAUUAGACACUCCCGUCGGCCCUGUGGGCCCUGUAAGACCACUGAGGCCGCUCCACAUGGGGGCCUGCUUUCAUACAGUUUGGUGUGGAGGAGCAGAGCAGGUGUGCAGCCAAUCAGCGCCUGGCUCUGGAGACAAGGGACGGAAGUGGCUGGCCCACUUGCCUGUCAUUUCAACACACCUAUCAGAAUAAGCCACUUCUCUCCAGGGGAGG